ACCAAGUUUAUUCCUGGACACUAGUUACAAGCCAAGCCUUAGAUACUGUUUGGAGAAUAGCAAAGGGCUCUGCAAAGUUGGCAGUUUCAUUUCUGGUGACUGCCCUCUGCUACUUCAGGAGGCUGCAUAUUUAUUUAGGGCACCAGCUAAAAUGGUGGAUUGGAUAUCUACAGAGAAAAUUCAAAAGGAACCUCAGCGUGGAGGCAGAAGUUGAUUUACUCAGUUACUGUGCAAGAGAAUGGAAAGGAGAGACAGCCCGUGCAAAGCUGAUGAGGAAGGCUUAUGAAGAGCUGUUUUGGCGGCAUCAUAUUAAAUGUGUUCGACAAGUAAAGAGAGAUAACUACGAUGCUCUGAGAUCGGUGUUAUUUCAAAUAUUCAGCCAGGGCCUCUCUUUUCCAUCCUGGAUGAAAGAAAAAGACAUUGUUAAGCUUCCUGAAAAACUGCUAUUUUCACAAGGUUGUAAUUGGAUCCAGCAAUACAGUUUUGGUCCUGAGAAGUAUACAGGUUCAAACGUGUUUGGAAAAUUACGUAAAUGUGUGGAAUUAUUGAAAACACAGUGGACUGAAUUUAGUGGAAUUAAAGAUUAUCACAAGAGAGGAAGUAUGUGCAACAUCCUUUUUUCUGAUGCCAUUUUGGAAUACAAACUUUAUGAAGCUCUAAAGUUCAUCAUGCUAUAUCAAGUCACUGAAGCGUAUGAACAAAUGAAGACUAACAAGGUCAUUCCCAGUCUUUUUAGACUCCUGUUUUCCAGGGAGACAUCAGCUGAUCCUUUGAGCUUCAUGAUGAAUCACCUGAAUUCUGUAGGCGACACAUGUGGACUAGAGCAGAUUGAUAUGUUUAUACUUGGAUACUCCCUUGAAGUGAAGAUAAAAGUGUUCAGACUGUUCAAGUUUAACUCCAGAGACUUUGAAGUCUGCUACCCAGAAGAUCCUCUCAGGGAGUGGCCGGAAAUCUCCCUGCUGACGGAGAACGACUGCCACUACCACAUUCCCGUAUGUUAAGUCUGCCACGGGCCAGGCACUGGCUCUUGCUAAUGACAGUAGUCACACUUGCAAGUAAAGUGUUUCUCAAAAACCAAAGCUAGCAUUUCAGCCAUGGAAGGAACUAGGACUUUUCCUCUGGAUUACAGGUACGCCAGAUGGAGCAGUGCACAGAUGAUUUGCCUUUAUUUUCAGUGAUUUCCUCUGAGGCAGCUGCACUCAUAUAUUUGGGGUUUGGUGGUUUGAUCCUGUUCCUAAGGGGUCUGGUCACUUCACAUGAUGGCAGGCUUUUAAAGAGCACAAGGACGUUUAAUAUGGACAAUAACAGGAGCAAAGCAAGAAGAAAACAAGUAGGGGACAAUGGCAAAUCUGGAAAGAAAGACUUUUUUUACUCUAACCUUUAUAUUCUUCAUUAAAAAUCUCAUCUUGAGCUGAUUUUGGAUCAUUGUAAAUAUGGUCUUAUUUUAAAGCAUUCCCUUCCCAGGAAUCUUUGUUGUAUAUAAUUUUCUAGAACCACUUGAUUAAUUUUAAAAUUAUGUGUAUGUGUAUAUAUAUACAUAUAUAUGUUUACAUAUACACACAUGUAUACAUGUAUAUACACACAUAGACAUACAAAUAACCACUACUUUGUAAUGUUGUACAGUUUAUGUAUCUUUACAUUUUUUUUUACUGUCGUAUCUGGCCAGUUUAAUAGGUUUUAUUUGGAUAAAAAAGAUAAAUUCUGUAGAUUAAGGCAACUGAAUGACAAUUAUUGAACUGUCACAAAAAUACUAAACUGUGGUAUAUUUGAUGU